UGUGUAGCCCCAGCAGUGCCACUUUUCAGUGUCCAUCAGUGCUCAUAAAUGCCACCGGCCAGUGCCCAUCAGUGCCACAUCAAUGCCAGAUAUCAGUGCCUACCAGUGCACAUCAAUGCCACAUAUCAGUGCCCAUCUGGGCUGCCUUUCAGUGCCACCUAUCAGUGCCAGUCAGUGCCACCUAUCAAUGCCAGUCAGUGCCACCUAUCAGUGCCAUGUCCCAUCAGUGCCGCCUAUCAGUGUCCAUCAGUGCAGCCUAUCAGUGCCCAUCACUGUAGCCUUCUUAGUGCACAUCAGCGAAGUAAAAAAAAUCACUUAUUUACAAAAUUUUAU